ACGGGAGCGUGCGCGUUCGUUGCCAACAUUAAGAAUUACGCGUUUAGGGCGUUGAACUACGAAGCAAACGCAUUGAACUGUAGAAAGAUGCAGAAGAAAUGGCACGGAAACAAUAGCAAAGCAUAAAGCUACAAAUACCACGGAGCAAAAGAAAGAAUCUCAAAAGCCUCAGUUGUAACGCGGCGCACACAGUCCAAACAUAGACGGCAAGUUGGCUGGACGUAACAGCACACGGAUGCGGAACUGAACAAUUUAUAAAGUAAUAAUAGUCAACCGUUAAGGAUCGAAAAGAAAAUUUAAGUCAAAAUUCAAAGCGCGUGUGUCAAAUCUGCCUCAAAUAUUUUUUAAACGUUACAAGUUGCGUAUAUUUGGUUAGUAAAGCUUAAGUCAAAAUAUAACUCAAAAUUCGUAGCGCGUGUGUCCAAUUUGCCACAAAUAGAGUUUAGACUUUAACGGUUGAGAACGCGUGUGUUGCGUAACAAUAUUUAACACUUACAGAUUGCAAAAUGAACGAGCUCUGCUACUGGUUGUUGAGGUUUUCAAUUUUAGCGGCAGCGCUGGUUGCAUCGAGUUGCGCGCAGUAUUCGCAGACACAGCAUUUACAGCAAGUGCUUGGCAUCGGCUUGGAAAAUCUAAUUUUAUCUACGCUCUAUAAUGACGCGCCGCGUCAAAAUGCCAGCUACGACUUCAUUAUAGUUGGCGCCGGGCCAGCUGGUUGUGUGCUCGCCAAUCGUCUGUCCGAAAAUCCUAACUGGACGGUUUACUUGAUCGAGGCGGGCGGUGUAGAGGGCAUGUUUCAUCAGAUGCCCGUGCUCGCUGCGUAUCUGCAGGGCACACAUUCCAAUUGGGGCUACAAGUCGACACCGCAGAAAGACGCCUGCUUUGGCAUGAAUAACAAUGAGUGCUUCUUGCCGCGCGGCAAGGUGUUGGGCGGCACCAGCUCCAUCAACUAUAUGAUCUACAAUCGCGGCAAUAAACGUGACUUUGAUCGUUGGGCUGCUGCAGGCAAUAAAGGUUGGUCAUAUGCGGAAGUCUUGCCGUACUUUCUUAAAUCGGAAGCCGCAAACCUGGCUGGUUUGGAGGACUCAGAAUAUCACAAUCAUACCGGACCGCUGAGCGUGGAGGAUGUGCAGUAUCGCACACCAGCAGUGCAUGCUUAUUUGAAGGGCGCGCAGCAAGCUGGACAUCCACGCACAGACUACAAUGGGGAGUCACAAAUAGGGGCGUCCUAUGUGCAAGCCAAUACGCUGCGCGGCAGACGUCAUAGCGCAUAUCGCGCUUACAUUGAGCCGAUACGUUAUCAAAGAAAAAAUCUACAUAUUGUGACAAUGACGCGCGUCACACGUGUAUUAAUAGAUCCCGUUACAAAACGCGCGACCGGCGUAGAACUCAUGUACCGCAAUAAGUAUUAUAAGGUGCGCGCACGCAAGGAGGUCAUACUCUCGGCAGGCGCCUUCAACUCACCACAACUUUUGAUGUUAUCCGGCGUAGGACCCGCAGACAAUCUGAAAGCUAUCGGUGUACCCAUAGUGAAGGAACUACCGGUGGGUAAACUGCUCUAUGAUCACAUGUGUCACUUUGGACCCACGUUUACGGUCAAUACAGAUAGGCAACUGCUAAACAUAGCGCAUCUCAAUUCCACCGUAGUAAAGUCAUUUCUGCUCGGCAAUCCCACCACUAUGCUAUCUUCGAUUGGCGGCGUAGAGGCGCUCACAUUUUUCAAGGUGCCCAGCUCUAAGGAACCCGUCGAUAUGCCUGAUAUGGAGAUCAUUACAGUAGCCGGUAGCUUAGCCGCCGAUCAAGGCACUGCCCUCAAACAGGGCGCAAACUUCAAAGACGAACUCUACGACAAAGUUUAUCGUCCACUACAAAUCUCACGACAGGAUCAUUUCAGUUUUCUUAUCAUGCAGUUCCAUCCGAAAUCUGUGGGCCGUAUGUGGCUGCACAACCGUAAUCCUUUCGAGUGGCCACGCAUAAAUCCUAAAUAUUUCCGCAAUGCGAAUGAUGUACAGUUCAUGUUGGAGGGUAUUAAGGAGGCCAUACGCAUUACGCAAACACCAGCGAUGCAAGCAUUGGGCACACGCAUACACGAUAUACCGUUACCCGGCUGCGAACAGCAUAACUUCGGCACGGACGACUACUGGCGCUGUUCCAUCCGCACGCUCUCCUACACACUGCAUCACCAAGUGGCCACAUGUAGAAUGGGCCCCGAAAGUGAUCCCAGCACUGUUGUCAACGCCGAGUUGAAAGUGCACGGCAUAAAGCAUUUGCGUGUCGUUGAUACUAGCAUCAUACCUUUCCCGCCCACGGCGCACACUAACGCAGCGUCGUAUAUGAUCGGAGAGAAAGCAGCCGAUAUGAUACGCGGCGACUGGCAGUGAAUAUCGGAGAAGAUGUAAAAGUUAGCUUUAGCUAAUAAACUCAUAUAAUAAUUUGUUACUUUAAUUGACGUGAACUCUUCUUAUAAGAUUUAGGUUAAGUGUCACCCAAUUUGCGGGGACAAGCACAAAGUGAAACGUGUUCUAGUGAAUUAGAUAUGUAAAUAUUAAUAGCGAAUAAAAUAUAUGUAUGAAAACCGGUAUUUGAGUUCGAAAUUAUGCAUCGUAAAAGAAACUAGAAGUGAAACGCAUAUAAGCCUUUGGGCGUCAUCAACA